GUUUACAGGUGAGCAUGUUCAGAGGAAGUAACAAGCAGUGAAUGGUAACAUUUCAAUAUGGGGACCAAUUCUCACUUUUAACUAGUUGCUUAUUAGUUUGCAUAUUGGCAUAUUAAUGCAUUAUUCUGCAUGAUCAUAUUCUACAUCCCUUAAUCCUAUCCCCAUACCUAAACUUAACAACUACCUUACUAACUAAUAAUAAGCAGUAAAUUAGGAGUCAAAAGUCAUAGUUAAUAGUGACUAUGUGUUUGCCAUACUGAAAUGUUACUCAGUGAAUAUGCAUUGCUGUCAACAUAAAAAAAUGCUAAAAAUUGUCUUUGCAUUUCUCAGAAUUUUCAUGUGCAACAAAUUUACAUCUUUUUAUUUCAGAUCUGCUGUAGUUAACUAUGGCAUGUGGGACCAGCUCAGGGUUGACCAUGGUAGGGAAUUUUACAUGUCCCUAUACAUGCAAGAGAAGCUGUCAAGACGCAGACAACCAUACCUCCAAACAGCUUCAACAAUGAAUCUUAGAGUUGAAAGGAUUUGGCCUGAAGUGAACAAUCGGGUGAACUACCCAUUGAAACAGGCCCUGGUGCACCUGCUAGACCAAGAAGUCAUCAACAUGGAGGACAGUAUGACUAAAUUCUGCACUUCAAACCUGGCAUGUCAGUUAAGCCAAAUUGGACUAAAUAGAGUAGUGCAGGCAUGGAAUGCUCAUAGGAUCCCAGGCCGUGGAAUACCCAAUGAACUUGCAGCAAGUGGAUGUCCAUCAAAAAUUUCAGAUGAGCUGCUGCCCAAUGCCUCUGUUGUGGCAAAUAUGUACGAGCAGGAGUUGGGAUCGUCGCUGACUUGGACGUCUACCUUUGGAACGGACCCCUUUUCCUCUGAGGAGGACAGAUGUCAUGCAGAGCAGGACUUUGUAGAAAAGUAUCCAGACAUCUCUCUACUUUUCAAUGAAGCAGUGAACGGUGAAUAUAGCCUUUUUCAGGAUGCAUUGCUUUACCUCAUAAAUGUAACCCAAAGAUAUGUAUGAAAAGUGACAUUAAUUCUCUAUUUUUUUUUUUAAGCAGUGA